CCUUCUGGAUCUCAGUAAAUGGCACCACCAUUCAACCAGUUUCUAAGGCUCCAGAAUUCGGUCAUCCUUGACUGCGCUUCUCUCACACCCCACGUGUAAUCCAUCAGCAAAUCAGUUCUGCUUUCAAAAUGUAUUCCAGAAAUCUGACCACUUCUCAUCAUCUCCGCUUGUUAAACUAAUUCAACCCACUGUCAUCUCUUGUCUGCACAACCUCAAUAACUUCCUAACUGGUCUUCUUGAUUGCACUCUUGCUUCCAUAUAGUAUAUUCUCCCAGCUGCUGGAGUUAUCUUUUUAAACCUAAAACAUUUCAAGUAACUUCCCUUUUCAAAAUUCUCUAAUAGCUUCACAUUACACUCAAGUGAAAUGUAAACUCCUGUGGCCUAAAGGCUUUAUAAGAUCUGCCCUCUUGCUACCCCUGUGUUCAUAUCUUUCUAGCCACACUGGCCACAGGAUUUUGGUACUUUGCUGUUCUUUCUGUUGGGAAGUUCUCCAGAGCUCCCUCCCAGAUCUUAUAUUAAAUGCCACCUCCCAGUUGAAAUCAACUUGUUUUUUUGAUUUCAUAGUAUUUGUUAUUUCCUCAAAUUAUAUUUGUUUAUGUGCUUGUCUCUUGCAUUAUAAUGUAUUUCUUUUUGUCUGACUUAGUCACUACUAUAUCCCUACCUCUUAGAACGGUGUUUGGCCUGUAGUAGGUGCCCCGUAAAUACUUAGAUAUGAAGAAUCCAAAGCACUGGUGGUGUUGGCUUUAAAUAAGAGGGUGUCUUUAUUAUAAGAGGAGGGAAUUAAGGGAGGAUACGAUACACUGUCUUUGGUGGAGGAGAGUGGAGGGAAUGACUAAAUGAUAGCUUUUUAUUCCUCUGGAAGUAGAAGAUGAUGUCAACUGUCCAUAGCUAGGGGAGGGAUUCACUGUGGGACAGAGGCUUAUUCAACUAAAAUAAUUAGUAUGCACGAAAGUAAUUUAAUAUUAAACUAAUAUAAACUAAAAUAAUUAGAUGUCAGAGAAAGAAUUUCUUUUGUUUACAUAUCUGGGAAGGUUUCUUGGAGAUGGGCUUAGGUCAGUAGAGUUUGGGUAGGUUGAGAGAUACUGUAUUGUUUCAAAAGGUAUUGCAAGAAGAGAGAACUGUAGGGGUAAAGGUUCAAAAGAACAUGGAAUGGUUCUGGAGAUAGUGAAAGUUUGAUUUGACUGUGGUAGAAAAGGAGGCUGGGGAGGUCAGGUGUGACUGAUUUGAGAUAAGUUUAUAAACCAGGCUUUUUAAUACCUUCCAAAGUCCACUUAAAAUGGGGCAUAUAUUAAUAUAUUGAGAUUACCUUUGUGUUAUUCUAAACACUAGGUCUAGAAGUUUUUAUAGAUAUUUUAUGUAUUUAAUUUUUAAUUUUUUUCAUUCUCAGUGAUUGACCAUUUGGUAUUAUUUUUCACAUCAGAAGAAAUUUAGAUCAUGAUGUAACCUGAUAUUUUUUUAAACAACAAAACUAAAACUCAGUGCAUAAUAGUGUUGGCUUAACCAUAAUUGCUUCCUGCCUUUGGAAUUUUAUGAAAAUAAAAAUGUUCUAAUUAUAAAAGUUUUCUAUUAAUUUAUAUUAUGUGAGAUGUUCAGGUUAUCAUUAGAAUUGAGACUCUGUAGAUGCUCAAAAUCAGUACAUAGGUCUGCUGAAAUAGUUUUCUUCAGCAAUAUAGAAGAAAAGAUUAAAACUUCUCUCUUUAAUUAGUGGAUUGACUGAUAGUUUUCACAGUCCAGAUUUUGAUGAUGUUUGGAGGGUGCAGAAACUAGUAAUAAGGUUCUCAACAAUUUGAGGUCUUUUAAGCUUAAAGAUGUUUCAUGGUAUUUCUUCUGUGGUCAUUUAGUCCCCCAAAAUAUGAGAUCUAACUAGAAACCCAGUAGCAUGUUCAGUGCAUUUUGUUUAACUCACUUUUCGUGAUUAACUUCACUACAAUUAAAACUUUUUUUUUGAUAGCAAUAUUUUCUGAGGAAAGGGAUGUAUCCUUAAAUUCCUUCAUUUUAAAUUGAAAGGUAAAUGCCAAUUUUUCUUCUCUGGAACACAGUUUUACAGGUGUGUUAUAAUAUUAGCUAUUAGCUUAAUGAUCAGUUUUAAAUACUAUUAAUCAGAUAUGAACUUAUUCCUUGGGUUCACAUUUAAACUCUGGCAUGUUGAAAUAAUCUAGGUCCCAAUCUGCACAUCUGAAUUCAUUUUGUAAAAUAUGGCAAACAGAUGCAUUUUCAAUUGAAAGCUGAAACAACUGCAGGACAUUAACCCAUUGAGAAGAUUACAGUAGGUUUUCAGUUCCACAGUAACUGUAUUUAUUAGUGAAAAUUGACUUGAGUGCUUCUGCUUUUAACAGACUUUUCUUUUUUAAUGUCUAGAAGAAAGGAAAUAGAGCAUUGGAAUGAUAGGACUUUGAUGUGUAAAGAAGUUAAUGUCAAAAGAAGUUAAUUAUCUAAAUCAAACAAUGUGGGUAUGGGAAAUAAUUAUUUUAAAGAGUCUAAUGACCUAUCAGCUCAUCAUGUCAAGAAAAAUGUUAUUCACCUGUUUGAUAUAAAAAUUGACUUGACUGUGAAAGGAUGAUCAUGGUUAUAAUAAACUAGGUUUGGUGACUGGAUUUGAAAAUGAAAAAGGAGCAGAUUGCUCCAGCAGUGUCUCAGGACAUUUGACCAUAGGAUAAUCCCAUGGAAUGGCAUGUCUGUCAAAUCAGACAAGUCAACUCAAAUCAUAACUUUCUGGAGGCUGGGGUUACUACUUACUCUUUGAGUUUAACAUGUUCUCGAAGAUAGCUCUGUCAGCCUUCUAUUGGGACAAGGGAACAUUUCCUGUGGUCUUUGAGAAAUCCAGGCUCCCUUUUUUCGCAUUUUGUCCCAAUUCUGCAGGACUAUUUAGGGAAGUCCUUUGUUUCCUAUUUUCCCCCAGUCUUGGACUUGUGAUUUUUUUUUUUAAUCCGAGUCUCAAAUGGUUAUGUUUCUUUUCCUGUGUUAUUUGUAGAGAAAAGUACUUAUUCCAAAAGUCUUUUUAAACAAUGGAACAAAUUUAGGCUUAAAAAAAGCGAUGGUCUUUCUUAGCAUUAUGUUCUUCAUAUGUUUUAGAAUUUUGGUUUUCGGGCUCAGUUUAGGUGGAACGUUUUUGUUUUCCUUCGCUUUUUGUGCUCUUGCCUUCUUGGUAUAGUGGUUUUGGCCUGGCUGUUAGGGCCCUCAGACUAGACCAGAGGGAUAUUGGGAUAUUCCAAACCUAGUCACCUAGCUAGUGUGCUGCUUGCCUUAGAUCUGUGUCCUGUUGCCUUCUCAAAAGCUUCAAAUAAAGCCUAUCUCCAUCAGUGAUUUGUAGUAGCUUUUUUUCCCCAACCUUCUUUUGUGGGGCCCAGCCCUUCCAUCUCAGCCCUUGAUGAAUAAUACGGCAGCUAGUCCAAUGUCUACUGCAACUUCAAGUAGUGGAAGGAGUACAGGGAAGUCUAUAAGCUUUGCAACAGAAUUACAGAGUAUGAUAAACUGCUUAUCAAUAACAGCUGUAGCACUGUGGCUUUUCUCCAUGGACUCAUGGUGGUCUUUGGAACAACGUUCUUCAACUUUGACAGCUUCAUAGGGAAAACAGAUACUAUAGAAGUAAUUGGAAAAUCAGUUUUUCCCUAUUGUUAUCACAGUAUCCUUCCACUGCUGAAUGAUUCUGGCAGGUAUUCUUUAGGUGAUGCUAGAAGGCCUCUUCAUGAAACAGCAGUUUUGGUAGAAGAUGUGGUACACACUCAGUUAAUUAAUCUGUUACAGCAAGCUGCCGAAGUUUCUCAGCUGCGGGGAGCAAGGGUAAUCACUCCUGAAGAUCUUCUGUUUUUGAUGCGCAAAGAUAAGAAAAAACUUAGAAGACUGCUAAAAUACAUGUUUAUCCGAGACUACAAAUCAAAGAUUGUCAAAGGCAUCGAUGAGGAUGAUCUUCUCGAAGACAAAUUGAGUGGCAGCAAUAAUGCGAACAAAAGACAAAAGAUUGCUCAGGACUUCCUCAACUCUAUUGACCAGACAGGAGAACUUUUAGCAGUGUUUGAAGAUGACGAAAUUGAUGAAGUUAAACAAGAAAGAAUGGAGAGAGCAGAAAGACAAACUCGAAUUAUGGAUUCAGCUCAAUAUGCAGAAUUCUGUGAAAGUCGACAAUUAAGUUUCUCCAAAAAAGCUUCCAAAUUUCGAGACUGGUUGGACUGCAGCAGUAUGGAGAUAAAACCCAAUGUUGUCGCAAUGGAAAUCUUAGCAUAUUUAGCGUAUGAAACUGUGGCACAGUUAGUGGAUCUGGCUCUUCUUGUGAGGCAAGACAUGGUAACCAAGGCAGGGGACCCCUUCAGCCAUGCCAUUUCUGCAACCUUCAUUCAGUAUCACAACUCUGCUGAGAGCACUGCAGCCUGUGGUGUUGAGGCUCACAGCGAUGCCAUCCAGCCCUGCCACAUCAGAGAGGCCAUUCGACGCUACAGCCACAGGAUUGGCCCACUUUCCCCAUUCACAGCGGAGAAGACCUCUUAUUUAAAGGGCAGGGCUCCCUCCACUGUUGUUAAAUCAAGGCUCUGCUUCUGACAGGAUAUUUAUAACAUAGGAAUUCAAAUAGGAAGAACAUUACAGAAAUCUGGGUCAACUCUAAACUGGUUUUCUCAUAGGAUCUGUGUUAUUAAA